AGUGCGCUGUUGUGUUUAUUAUGUCGCUGCUGCUUCCGGCUUCACUGCUAUAGUUUUCAUAAUCAUAUAUCAGUAAACAUGCGGACAGCUUCAUAACCUCACUCGCUGCAAUGGUGUUAGAUGACUGCAAACAUGAGAGUGCUGCUGCUGAAAGAGCCGAGAGAGAGUGAACAUGAAGCAGACCCUUAUAUCAAGGAACUGGCUUCAUACGGACACACAGCUGCUCUGAUCCCGGCUCUGUCGUUCACAUUUGUGUCUCUGAAUGAGCUUUUAGAGAGGCUCUUCCAGCCCGAGAGGUUCGGAGGACUGAUCUUCACCAGUCCCAGAGCCGUGGAGGCCGUCAAGACCUGCUUAGACUCGCACGCACACACACACAAAUGGGACGCCGUGAAAGACGAGUGGAAAGCGAAGUCCGUUUAUGUGGUUGGAAAAGCGACAGCAUCUUCAGUUGCGGAUCUGGGUCUGUGUCCGCUGGGGGAGGAAACGGGAACCGCAGACACACUCUCACUGCUCAUCCUGCAGAGAGAGAAGCGAGAGAGUCUGCCGCUGUUUUUUCCCUGCGGAUCCAUCAAACGGGAAGUUCUGCCCAGAGCGCUGAGGAGCCACCGCGUUUCUCUGGAGACUCUGACCGUCUAUCAAACGUCUGAACAUCCUGAUCUGCAGAAGAACAUCACGGAUUACUUCACGCAGCAGGGCGUCCCUGCUAGUGUGGCGUUCUUCAGCCCGUCAGGAGUGACGUUCUGUUUUGACUUGUUGAAGAGGCUGUCAGGAUCUCAGCUGGAGCAGAUAAAGUUCGCAGCGAUCGGACCCACGACGGCAGACGCACUGAAGUCUCACGGACUGACGGUCACAUGUUGUGCUGAGAAACCCACGGCUAAACACCUCGCCACUGCCAUCACACGGGCCCUGCAGUGACCUCUGACCUCUGACCCUCAGCCAGGGUUUAAGGAAGCUUUAUAUGGAUAUUAGAUAUAAAUGAUGUUUUUAAAUGAACUUUUAAUAUCUAUCUUUAUUAGUAGGAAGAAAUCACCUUUCAUCAUCAGUUUAUCAGAAUCAUGAUCAUGUUUUGCGCUGUAUUUUAUUAAUAUGAAUCUCCUUAUCGAUGUGUUUAAUGUUAAAUCCAGGUAACUUUCAGUGCGAUGUGAAUGUGAACUGGUGAUUUAAACAUUUCUUUGUGAUGGAAGAUGCUUUAUAAAGUCCAGCAAUAAAAAAUAUUUUGUGGAUGU